UUUUCAGAGGAACUUGGUGUUCGUUACCUUCCGAAACAAAACUCAAGAAUUUGACUCUGUAUUGUCAAGCAACAAGAUUUCUCUACAAAACAAAACCAUUCUGAACUCUUUUAGCACCUAAACUGAGUGAGAAUUUUGAGAGACUCUUAAAACGAUCAAGAGAAAAAUCGAUUUUAAGAUAUGAUAACGCUAGUGUAUGAUACAAAUUUUAGAACUUUUAGAAAAUCCGUCUUAAUAGGUGAUCAAGGUGUCCGUCAGAGGUGGGCGAUGUCUCAUAUUAACCACAAAUAUUUGUUCUACAUACCAGCAUCAUUUAAGUCUUAUUUGAUUCUGGCAAUUUACUAAAAUAUUAUAAUUUCACAAAAAUCAGUUUUUUAGACCUUUUUUAGAAAACUUAUUCUGAGACCCUCAUAAAUCUUUCAUAUUGACAAAAAUAGUAUGGAUUUUAGAGUAGAUAUAUUGGUUUAUCGAACCAUAUGCUUAGCUCAAUACCGAUUUAUGAUGAAAAAAAUCUAUAUUUCUGGCGGAGAAACCCUGAGGUUCUCACCAUUUUAUUUAUUUUAAAUUCGACGUUUUCAAUUAUAUAAACAGUAAACACUUUCGAUGACACGUGAUAAUGAAAAAAUGUCAUUGAUAAGUUGAAUAUUCGGUAACUAACUUUUUUUUCUUAUAGGUAUUGGUGCAUCUUUAGACCGUCCUUCAAAGAGUUUACCGAAUGAUUUAGUUGGUGUAAAUAGUAUCGAAGAUCAAAAACCAAUACGCAUUUUAGCCAUGGGUCAAGGACAAGAAAAAUUGGCAUUACAUGCUCUCUUGCAAGCACAACAACAAGGACAAUGGUUAUUAUUACAAAAUUGUCAUCUACUCAUUCCAUUUUUAACUAGUCUCGAAAAAGAACUUGAAGCGGUCCAAAAACCACAUUCAGAAUUUCGUUUAUGGAUGACAACAGAACCUAUACGUGACUUUCCAAUUGGUUUAUUACAAAAAUCAUAUAAAGUGGUUGUUGAAGCUCCAUCAACAUUAAAACUAAUUUUAAAAUCAACAUUUUUCAAUCUUACACCAAACGUUUUCACAGAAUCUGAUCAUCCGGCAUUUCCACCACUUAUAUUUAUCUUGGCAUUUUUUCAUUCUAUUUUGCUCGAACGACGAAAAUAUGAUAAACUUGGAUGGAAUAUUAACUACGAUUUUAAUGAAUCAGAUUUUCGAGUAUCAUUUAAUAUUAUCAAAAGCUAUCUUAAUAUGUCACUAGAACGUGGUACAUUUGAAAUACCAUGGAUAACAAUACGAUAUCUUAUUAGCGAAGUGAUCUAUGGUGGGCGUAUUAUUGAUUCAUACGAUAGACGAAUAAUUAAAACGUAUAUGCUUGAAUAUUUUGGUGAUUUUGUAUUCGAUGAAUAUCAACUAUUUCAUUUCUAUAUGAAUCCUUCUAAUCUAACUUAUCACGAUUAUUUUAUACCGGAAUUACGCGAUUUUUUAUCAAUAAAACAACAAUGGCUAUUGCAAAAAGCGAAUAUACAUAUUGAUCCAGCUAUUGAAAAAAAUUUUGAAAAAUAUUUACCAGAAAAAAUAGCAGAAACAUUGCAAAGAAAUAUGGAUAAAAUAGACCAAGUUCAAAUAUCGUCUCUUUUUCAUACACGUAAACAAGCAGAUUCAAAAUAUUCAUUGAAACGUUUAUUCAAUACUCAAAAGCAACAACAGAUAAACGAUGCAAAAUAUCAGUUUUUAUCGAAAAAUGUUUUGUUUAAUCAAUUUUUUAAUUUUGCUCUCUUUCGAGAAUUAUAUUCUACGUAUGUUAAACAAUUACCAUUGUAUAAUCCACCAAAUGUAUUAGGAUUAAAUUUGAAUGCUGAAAUUAAUUAUUAUACAAAAUCAGCAAGAGAAUUAUGGUCACUCAUGUUAGAUUUACAACCUCAAACAUUUGAAAUAGACAACAAUUUUAAUCGUGAAGAAUUUGUUAAAACGUUAUGUGAUGAUAUUUUACAACAAAUACCAUCAAAAAAAGAUUUAAGAAUAAUAAAGCAAAAAUUUAAUCAACGUAUAACACCGACAAUUAACGUUCUAUUUCAAGAAUUAACAUAUUUUAAUUUAUUGACAUCACAAAUGUGGCGAUCUAUUACAGAAUUGAAACGUGCACUCAAAGGUGAAAUUGGUUUAUCAUUUGAAUUAGAUGAAAUAAAUCGACAUAUUUUCAAUGGUCUCAUACCACCAUUAUGGCGUACAUAUACACCACAAACAAGAAAAUCAUUGGGAAAUUGGAUGGAACAUUUUAGACGACGAAAUCAACAGUACGAUAAAUGGUAUCAAGAUGGUGAACUAAAACUUGUCUGGCUAGGUGGAUUACAUGUGCCAGAAUCGUAUUUAGCCGCUAUAACACAGAUAGCUGCAAGAAAAAAUCAAUGGCCAUUAGAUCGAUCAACAUUUUAUACGAGUGUAUCGAAAUGGCAAAAGUAUGACGAUAUUGAUGAGGUAACACAAGGUAUUUGUUUAAUUGAUGGUCUCUAUCUGGAGGGUGCCGGAUGGGAUAUUGAUAAUCGAUGUUUAGUUCAACAAAAAUCCAAACAAUUAAUACAAUUAAUGCCGAUAAUUAAAGUUGUUCCCGUUGAAUCACAUCGUUUAAAUACCGCCAAUUAUUUACCAACACCUGUUUAUGCAACAUCGGAUAGGUGUAAUUCAAUGGGGCAUGGUCUGAUAUUUGAAGCGGGGCUAUAUACAAGGGAACAUUAUUCACAAUGGAUAUUAAAUGGGGUUUGCCUUCUUCUCAAUACAGACUGA